AUGUUCGGGGAGUACUACGUUGCCACCAAGGACAGGAAAACACGAGUUCGCAAAGUCAGCGAGUUUAGGCGAGUUCGCAAAGUCAGCGAGUUUAGGCGAGUUCGCAAAAUUUCCACGCUUGUCAUCCAUAACGAUUCGCCGCCUCAUACUGCCGUAGAGGUGACUCUGGGCGUCGAAUUGCGAUGCACAGCGGAGGUUCUUUCGGCAGAGUCUCCCAAGCUGAAGAACUCGAUACAUCCGAUAUUCCGACUUCUCGGAAACGGAAACCUAGCUAAGAUUAAACCACUGCUAAGAUUCACCAUCGUCUUAGCUAAAUGUCGCAAAGUAGCUCCCUGA